GGCUUUUCACCACAAUGUAGUUAAUUCUGCUCUCAUGUCUUUAAAGUGCUUGUUUUAAAGCAAACAAUUUAUACAAUCAUCCAAAUGAGACUAUACUAAUAAUAAUAAACUGCACAUAUUUAGUUUUGCUUUAUCAAUCUUUAUUAAUCAGUAAAAUAUCUAUCAAGCUUUUUCUAUCACACACACCAGUGAGUGCCACACCCUUCAAUAGAGACUCGUCAAUGAAAGGGAUUUUCUCAAGAGAUGUUGGUCUGCAUUAUUUAUAAACGUGCCUAAUAAGUAGGUCUAAUUUCAUUCCCCUGUUCAUGGAUGUGAAAUUUGGUGUUCCUAAAAGUAUCCUUAUCAUGAUCAUCUUUAUUAUGAUACUCAUUAUUUAUCACCAAUCAAUGGAAUAAGAUUUAUUAAUGACACAGACAGUUAGACAGCAUCAUAUCUCUUCUGGAUUCUCAUAUGGCGUGACAAAACUGAUGCCACUUAGUCCUAAUAUUUGCUCUUUUACAUCCUAUUUUAUUUAUGACUGUAAAUAGUGUAAACCUGCGCAGGGUUGGGUCCUGCUCGCCCAUAAAACUCAUUUGCAAUGCAUAUUGAAGGCUGGAAGUUCUUCAAAAUCAUUUUAGUCCAGUUCCACAAAGUUCUUUCAUUCUCACCGGGGACGAUGACUUUAGGGGUGAAUUGUUAAACCACAGAGUUGUGUGGUGACCUGAUCAAAAUGAGUCGAAAUCGCCACACACUACAGGAACCUGACGUUAAAGAAUAUCUUGUAAAAGGAGACAGAUUCACAAAAUGGAAAGAAGACUCCAAAAAAACGACACCAGUCACCAUGAAAAUGGAUCCAAAGGGAUUUUUCCUUUAUUGGACCAACCAGAGUAAGGACACAGAAUUUUUAGAUGUUGCGACCAUCAGGGACACAAGAGCAGGAAAAUAUGCCAAACUCCCUAAACACCCAAAAGUUCGUAACGUCUUCAACAUGGAUUUUCCUGACAGUCAUCAUCUGGCCAAAGCGCUGACCAUAGUCACAGGCCCAGACACUGUCAAUCUCACAUAUCAUAACUUCUUUGCUGCAAAAGAAGUGGCUCAGACUUGGGCUGAUGACAUCCUUGCUAUUGUAUACAACACACUGAGGGCAAAUGCGUGCCGACAGGUCUUCCUGGAGAAAGUGUAUGUUCGCCUGUCACUACAGACCAACAAGGAUGGAAAGAUACCUGUUAAAAAUAUCUUAAAGAUGUUUCCUGCUGACAAAAAAAGAGUGGAAUCCGCCCUGACAGCUGCAAACCUCCCAAAGGGAAAGUUUGACACCAUUAAGCCAGAUGUGUUCACUGAAGCUGCGUUCAAAACAUUUCUGCUGCAUCUGUGUCCUCGACCAGAGAUAAGUGAAAUCUUCACCUCAUUCACCAAGGGGAAAGGUUUCAUGACAAAGGAAACGCUAGCGAAGUUCUUGAAUGAGAAACAGCGUGACUCUCGGCUGAAUGAGGAGCUGUUUCCUCUCGUGAGACCCGAGCAGAUGAAGAAUCUCAUCGAGAAAUAUGAGCCAAGCUCCUCCAAUGCCAGCCGUGGUCAGAUAUCUCCAGAUGGUUUGCUGUUCUAUCUGAUGGGAUCAGAAACAUCUGUCGUGAAUUUGGACAAACUGGCUCAGAGUCACGACAUGACUCAACCCUUAACACAUUACUUCGUCAAGUCCUCUCACAACACCUAUCUCACAGCGGGUCAGUUAACGGGCGUCUCGUCUCCUGAAAUGUACCGUCAGUGUCUGCUCGCCGGGUGUCGCUGUCUAGAGCUCGACUGCUGGAAGGGCAAACCUCCGGAUGAAGAGCCGAUCAUCACCCACGGGUUCACCAUGACAACUGAGAUCCUGUUCAAGGAUGUGAUUGAAGCCAUCGCUGAGAGUGCAUUCAAAACGUCCAAGUAUCCAGUUGUACUAUCAUUUGAAAACCACGUGGAUUCAGUGAAGCAGCAGGAGAAGAUGGCAGAAUACUGCAGGACGAUAUUUGGAGACGCUCUACUUGUUGAUGUGCUGGACAAAUACCCGCUCAAGCCAGGUCAUCCAGUCCCGAGUCCAUCUGAGCUGAUGGGUAAAAUACUGAUCAAGAAUAAGAAAAGCAGCUCAUCUCCAAACAAAGAAAACGCAAAGAAAGCUGUUACCGACCAGCCACAAGUAGCUGCAGAGAGUUCUGAGUCCAAUCAGAGUGAUGAUCCAAGCCAACCUGCUCCAGCAGAAGGCCAGGAUGCACCUGCCACACAAGAUACCCGUGAUGAGCCGACUGAAGAACAGGACGAUCAUGAUGAACAAGAUGAGGAGAAGAUGAAGAACUCUGAUGAGGGUACAGCUGGACAGGAAGUGACAGCAUAUGAAGAGAUGUCAGCUAUAGUCAACUACGUUCAGCCGAACAAAUUCAUCUCUUUUGAGAACGCAGCAAAAAAGAACAAGAGUUACGUGAUCUCUUCAUUUGUGGAAACCAAAGGAGAAAGUUUAAUCGCUAAGAGCGCUGUGGAAUGGGCAGAAUAUAAUAAGAGGCAGAUGAGUCGUAUUUACCCAAAAGGAACCCGUGUUGAUUCUUCAAACUAUAAUCCUCAGCCGUUCUGGACCGCAGGGUGUCAGUUUGUGGCCCUUAACUACCAAACUAUGGAUUUCCCUAUGCAGCUGAACAUGGCUCUAUUUGAGUAUAACGGUCGGACGGGUUACCUGCUCAAACACGACGUCCUGCGGAGAAGUGACAAGAAGUUUGAUCCGUUCUCUGACAGGAUUGACACUGUUAUUGCCAGCACGCUCACAAUUAAGAUCUACUCGGGUCAGUUCCUGUCUGAUAAGAAUGUAAAGACCGGAGUCGAGGUGGAGCUCAUUGGUUUGCCAAAAGACCCCAAAAAAAAGUACCGCACCAAAUGGACUACCACACCAAACGCUAUCAACCCUGAGUGGAACGAGGAGCCAUUCGUCUUUGAGAAGAUCUUGUUGCCGGAAAUGGCUUAUCUCAGACUUGUGGUUCUUGAGGAUGGUGGCAAGUUCUUAGGUCACCGAAUCAUUCCACUCGACGCUCUUCAAACAGGUUUCCAGCACAUUUGUUUGCGCAGUGAGAGUAACAUGCCGCUCAUGCUUCCGUCUCUGUUUGUGCACUUUGAAGUAAAGGACUACAUCCCUGCUGCGUUCGCUGAUUUCACAGAUGCACUUUUCAAUCCAGUGAAGACUUCAAAGCCACCAAAGACAGAGAGUUCAACAUAUGUGUGUGAAUAUGAGUUACCUGCUGCAGAUGGAGCCCCACCAGCUACCACACCCACACCUGCUGCAGAAUCAAAGGCUGAGAGUACAGCAGAGGGCGAUGUUGCACCAGAGGAAAAACCAGAACCAGCCCCUGCCCCAGCUCCAGAACCCCCUAAACCUGAACCAGCUCCAGAACCCCCUGAACCAGAACCAGUGGCAGAACCCCCUAAACCUGAACCACAACCAGAACCAGCGGCAGAACCACCUCAACCUGAACCACAACCAGAACCAGUGGCAGAACCACCUCAACCUGAACCACAACCAGAACCAGUGGCAGAACCACCUCAACCUGAACCACAACCAGAAGAGAAACCAGAAGAGCCUGCUCCUGCUGAAGAUAACAAUGUGACAGAGGUCAAGACCACAGAGUCCAGUCCUGGAGACAAAUCAAUUGAGGAAACCCCAUCCGAUCCUUCAGAUCCACCUACUGUGACAUCUGAAGAACUGCAGCAGCACAAGAACUUCCUGAAGGUCAGCAAGAAACAAGAGAAAGACCUCAAAGACAUGGAGAAGAAGUUUCAGAAGAAACGAGAAGACCUGACACAGAAGUACAGCGAGCAGCUCAAAGCCUUGAAGAAGAAUUCAGCCAAGAAGACAGAUGGUUCAGAUCCAGCUGAACAGAUCACUGAAAUCAAACAGAAGCUCAAGUCUGAGCUCCGAGCUCUGCUGGUUGACCAGUAUGAUCAACUGAAGAAGAAAAAAGAGCAAUUAAAUACUGAGCGCUUGACCAAACUCCUGGAGAUGGCCACAGAGAAACACAGCAGCGAACUGAAGACACUCAGCAGUGAAUUGAAAAAGAAGAGAGAAAAAAUGAAGAAGAGCAAAAGUUCUGAUCAGCUUGACAAUGACGCUCAGCUUGCAGAUUACAACAACCCUGACGGUACACCUCAGGAACAGAAUUUGAAGAAGAGACAGGCCGCUACGCUCGCUAACAUCAGAGACCUGAUCAGUCAGCUCAACAAACUCGCUGUGUCAGAGCAUGCUAAGAAGAUGUGGUCUCUGCCCAGCGAGCUGUCGGAGUCUGUGAACUCCUGCGUCAGACCUCAUUUCCCCGAACACGCAGACAAGGCCGGAGAAAAAAGCUCUGAACCCGCGGGACAGUACAGCCAAGUUUUUGUAGGAUAAACUCCCUUUAUAUACUUGAGGAGAUCAACAUUAAUAUAGAUUGAUAGCUAACAUGUUAACAUGUUUAUUUUUUACUUUACUCUGUGUUCUUUUUAUUAGAUAUGACAACAUGAAGGGCAUUCUUGUCGUAAAACAGUUUAGUACUCAAACUUUCAUAAAAACAAGUGACAGUAAGUGUGUAAACUGACCAAAAAAAUAUAUGUAUUGAUCGUUACACAGAAGUCUACAAGACCAGUCUUAUCUUAUUUAAGGCUGUAUGUAAUUUACAUAACACCUAAACAUGAAAUUAUGUUAUUAUUUAAAGGAAUGUUACUUUAUUAAGAAAUCAUUUUGACUCGUCCCUCUUAUUUAAAAAAAAUAAAGCAAAAAUUACGUUUACAGUGAGACACGUACAAUGGUAUUGAAUGGGGCCAAUCUGUAAACGUAAAUUGUGGCUUAAUGCCAUUUUAAUGCCAUGUUGUGCAUAACAGUUGUCAGUUGAGGGCGCUAUUAUGCUGCUGUUCUUUUUGACAGACGUUUCUGCACGAUGCCGGUCUCAAAGCUAAUUUGUUACCUUUGGAGUGCGGGGUUUUGGAAAGAGGGGGCGUGGCUAAUCCAACGGCUGAGUCUCAUGGAAGUAGAAUGGCUAAAAUCGCUUACAGCACCUUUAACUGCUUUUUCUGUAUAUAUAUAUAUAAACGAGGUACGAGUCUAAAUAAUUUUUUGUGCUAAUCAGCAUAAUGCCACAAAUGUUGUUGAUCAAGCUUCACUUGUAUUGAACCCGGAAUAUUCCUUUAAGGAAUAACAUAUUCUAAUGACGCACACCAAAAAAAAAUGCACUUUGUAAAAAGACUUUAAGAAUAUAAGUUUAAGGGGUAGGUGAUUGUAAUCAAAAUGUAAACAAAAAGAUGCCAUUGUUUUUUACUGUCAUAAACAAGAGUUCUAAAACGACCACAGGGACUGAAAUAUCAUACUAAAUUAAAACAGGUGAGGUAAGAUCUUCACAUGAGGGUUAAACUUCAAGAACAACGAUUUUCAAGACUAGAGAAGGUGGGAGUUUGAGUUUGAGCUGUGAAAUGAGUUCAGUACUUGUGUUUGAACCACCAGCUCUCUACCGCUUCAUUCUGAUACUCAAACCCUCUCAGAGAUACAGACAGUGAGUCAAUCCAUCCAUUACUGAUCAACCCACACAUCAUCAUCCUCUCAAUCAUUCAGAUGUUUUGUUAAGCCUGUGUCUUAGAUAAGAUGAAUCAUAUAUAUAUAUAUAUAUAACAAUUUUGGGUAACAAUAGUUUCUGCCAAAAAAGGUCACAAUUACUACCAAACUUGUGUAAAAAUGUGUUUUUAAUUUUAGCCGCCACUGUCAACAAGUAAAAACUAAGAUUCUGAAAGCUUCAAAGCUUCUUAAACAGUUUGAAGGAGAUUACAUAUUAAUUUAUCAUUAUUUUUACAGUAAUAACACUACACUGCCUCUGCCUCUUGACUCAUUUGUGAUAAACUGCUUGUAUUUUUCCUCAUCUGUAAGUUGCUUUGAAUAAAAGUGUAUGCUAAAUGAACAAUGUCAAUUUAUGAUAUUUUGGAGGAUACUCUGGUUAUCAUGGUACAUUUCUGUAAGAGGUUCAUCCACAUGCAAAUCAUGAGAUAUUGUACAUCAGACUCAUUGGUGACCAAACUUUUCAUAUGUCGAACUAUAAAAAAAAUCAAAUGACUGAAAUUCAAGUUUAGGUGGUGGAAAUUCAUUUUCAUAAAUUUUAUACAUUUUACUAUUUUGAUUUCUUAGUUAUUCCAAAAUAUGUAUUCACUUCAGAUUCAGCUUGCAAAUGUUUUUUUAAGCGUAACCCUGUAAAGCCUGACAUAUGAAAGAAUUGUCAGAAAAAUUCAAAUUUUUUGACAUUAAACUGUUUUCAGUACCAUUAGACAAACUAUAAAAAGAUUAAUAAUUUGCACGUUUUUUUUAUGUAUCAUAUUUGAUACAAUAGGCUUUAAAAGGUCAUUAUCCUCCUGGGUAGGGUUGCACCAGCUGUGCGUAAGGUACUUAAGUUUGGACGUAAACUACGGGCUUAGUAACUACUAGUUAGUUUGUAACUAAGUCAGUGCUUAAUUUGGUUGCACCAUCUGUUCUUAAGGCAAGACUUAACUAGUAGGUUGCAAACUCUCCGUAAAGUAAUGCGUAGUUGCAAAAUAUGACGUUUACCUGUAUUGAACCAAAGUGUUAAAAUGAUGUAAAUUUCAGUUUUAUCUGGUUAUGGUUGAUGUUCAAACCUUGUUUGCUCACAUAACUGUCAGCUGUAAUGAAUUAUAUUCCCACUGAAAUACAAUAGGUAAAAAAAGUACAGCAGAUUUAGCCUAAUAAAUAGUAUAUUUAUCCUAUGUAAAUAACAUUAUUCAGGAACUGCAUCUAAAAGCAACAAGGGACAAUAAAUAAAAAAAUUAUUCAUUUUAAUAUCCUAUUUAUAUUUUGUAUGUUGAAAUUUGACACCGGGUGGCACACCCCGCAAAGUGCACCGUUAGAUCGGUUUCAUGCUGAUGAGCCGCUAAGAAGUUGUUUUUUUACAUAAUAGUUUCCUUCAUAAAUGUAAAUGAGUGUACAUGUCAACAUCAUCAUAUAUAUAUCUAAAGGAUUGAAGUCUGUCAGGCAAAACAUUCAGUCUGCUUUUUGAUUCCAACCGUUACUCCUGGUCAGAGGCUUCCGUAAAUAUUUAGUUGAUACGUGCGUAGGGUUAUGUUCUACAUAAGUUCAAUGGUGCAACGCUCAAAUAUUUAGUAGUGUGUAAAUUGUGACUUAGUGCCCAUUUACACCACAACUAGACUAAGUUUUAACUUAUGCACAGCUGGUGCAACCGGCCUCUGUGGCCCAGCAAUGCAUUGAUGUGUAGGACAUUUGUUAUUGAAGUUUUUCGUAACCCAUACAUGCUACAGUGGUAAAUCUUGGGGUAUUAUCAGAGGAGUCCCUGGGCUUUUCAGAGAUACCAAAUGUUUGAGAGUUUGACCAUGACAACUUCCUCUAC